AUGAGCAUUCAACCUUGGUUUGAAAAAGACGAAGCAGAAAAGGUGAAUGCGAAUUUUAUAGUGCUACCAAAGGAGAGCAAAUGGAAACCAGUAUUUCCAGACAGAGAUGUACCGUGCCAACCCUUUUUAAAUCGACUAAAUUCUAAUUUAGCCGACCCAACAUUUUGGAAAUCGACCAGUGUUUCUUUAUUGUUGGGCGUGGAGAUAUGGUCGAUGAUAAUCGAAGGCUCAUCAUACAAAAUAGACAAUUGUCUAUUGUGUCAAGAGUCAAUGUUGGGCAAUUUGAUUUCCGGCAGGGUAGGCGAGCAAUAUACCAAUGACGAAGUGCAUGUCAUUGAAAGGCAACAUGUGUAUAAUGUGAAUGUUAGUGAGCUCGAGCAAAUCAUGAAAAAAUUCUGGGAAUUUGAAGAUUUGCAACUGUGCACAACCAAAAAUGUCGAGGACGAAUUGACAGAGCAAAUGUUUCAAGAAACACAUUUUCGAGACGAGUUAAAUCGGCAUGUGGUGAAAAUUCCGAUGAAACCGUCUGUGCAUGAGCUAGGCGAUUCUCGUGGCAUUGCGUUACGUCGAUUUUUUGGCUUAGAGAAACGUUUCGCACAAGACAAAAGACUUCACGAGCAAUAUAUUGAGAAGAUUCGUGAGAACAUUGCGAAUGGUUACAUGGUCGAGGCUACGAGCGCCAAACCAGAAGACAUGGUGUAUUAUAUACCACAUCAUGCAGUGAGCACUGCCAAAAAGUUUAGGAUUGUUUACGAUGCGAGCUGUAAAACAACUUUGGGCAUUUCUUUGAACGAAGCGCAGUUCACAGGGCCGAAGUUGCAACGCAAUUUAUAUGAGAUUUUGAUGCGUUUUAGACGACAUAAAGUUGCUAUUAACGCAGACAUCAAAUCAAUGUUUUUGCAAGUGCGCUUAAACCAAGAGCAAUGGAAUCUACAGAGAAUUUUUUGGCGAGAGCAUUCUUAUCAGCCGUUAAAAGAAUACUGGCUUGUGGUUGUAAUAUUUGGGCUCGCUUCGUCUCCGUAUUUAGCCGUACGGUCGAUGUUGGAUUUAGAACCUGAAUUAGAGGACAAUUAUCCGGAAGCGGUGGCUGCAAUCAGAAAUGAUUUUUAUAUGGACGAUUGUAUCACCGGUGCAAAGGAUCAAGAGAGCGCUAUCAAAUUAGCAACAGAGAUUAAAACAGUUUUGAGCAAGUCUGGAUUUGAACUGCGGAAAUGGGUGUCCAACAGUGAGAGCUUAGUGCAAGCUAUGGAUGGUGAAGAGGCCGUUUCGCAUUUGUUCGAAGAACCAAACGAACCAUCUGUUUUGGGUUUGAAAUGGCAAAUCAAAAAAGAUGAGUUCACUUAUGAGGUGAGAGAGCAAAGAAUGGACGAUAAGCUCACAAAACGAACGAUUUUGAGCAAAAUCGGUCGCCUUUAUGAUCCAAAUGGGUUUAUCGCACCAGUAAUAACUCGAGCAAAGCUACUUAUGCGCAAAUUGUGGGUAUCAAAAUUAACUUGGGAUGAGCCUGUCCCAGUUGAAAUCGGCCAUGAAUGGAAUUCCAUUUGGUCAACGAUCGUCGAUUUAGAGCAAAUUCGUAUCCCACGUUGGUUUGGUAUGGAAUGCGAUGUGCAACUGCAAUUACACGGUUUUGCCGAUAGUUCUAAAAUCGCUUAUGGCUGCGGUAUGUAUUUGCGAGUACAAAAAUUGAGCGGCCAUAUUUCGUGCCAUCUGAUAGCUUCCAAGUCGAAAAUAGCGCCGAUAAAAGAAGUAACGAUUCCUCGGUUGGAGCUAGCGGCGGCGGAGCUAAUGAGCAAAUUUUUCAUUGUAGUGCGAGAUGCAAUGGAAUUGAAACAAAUACCAUAUUUUUUAUGGUCGGAUAGCACUACUGCGUUGCAGUGGUUGAGAAAAUCGCUACCUGAGCUAAAGGUUUUCGUUGCAAAUCGAGUGAAAACCAUUCAAGAAUUGACCAAUGUUGAAAAUUGGAGACAUGUGCGAACGGCGGAUAAUCCAGCCGAUUUAGUGAGCCGUGGCUUAUCAGCCAAAGAAAUCGUGCAUAACGAUUUAUGGUGGCAUGGCCCACCGUGGCUUUUGAAGCCUCAAGAGCAAUGGCCAGAACCAUUGGAUGUGAGCAAAAUACAAUCAUCCAUAGAAGUGCAAGGAGAGCUGAAAGUGCAUAUCGUUUCAAUAGCUGAUAACGAUUUAACGAUAUUUGUUAAAGGAAUAACAGAUGAAGAGAGAGAGGGCCAAAGAGAAAAGAAAGUGCUUUUAGUAGAUUAUACUAAUGAUUUGAACAGUUUGAUUCGUGUGCUCGGCUAUGUGCUACGUUUUGUGCGAAACUGCCGUAGCAAAACACGAACAAAACCAUUUCAAAGGAUAACAAGGAGCAAUAAAAAAAUGUGA